UCCCACCGGAGUGCUCUUAGCAAUUCGUAUUUUGGCUCCAGCUUGCCUCCAAUUUCAACCAAGCAACAAACCACUCCAAGAUCUUCCUUCAAACUAUCAACUCUUCCAUGGCGUACAAUCCUAAUCAAAUGGACCCGCAGACGGCAGCUGAGAAGGCUGUGUCGGUGAUCGGCUUCGGGUACGAUCUGACGUCGGAUAUCCGUUUAUUGGCGUGCAAGGCGGGUCCAAAGGGUACGGGUCUGAUCGAGCUGGACAGAACCCAAAUAAAGGACCUGGUGGUGCCCGGCGGGGUGGUUGUCCCUGGCGUAUCAGCCUCCAUCAAGUGCGAUAAAGGUGAACGCACCAGAUUUGAUCUUGAGUAUCAAUAUUUUGCGUUCAGGUUUAUUGAAAAAUAUGGUACCCAUGUCAUUGUUGGGGUUAAGAUGGGAGGUAAGGAUGUAAUUCACAUUAAGCAGCUUCAAAGUUCAAGUCUGCAGUCAACAGAUGUGCAGAAACUGUUAAAACAAUUAGCUGAUGAAAAAUUUGCUGAAGAAGUAAAUGGAAUCCUGGUACCAAAAGCUGAUAAUUCAUCAAGAAAGCCAAAGGAAGAACCAAUGAUCUGGGAUCUUAGUCUACCAUUUGCAAAAGCAAUGAGACCUUCUGUUGUUUCUCACUCCAAAAAUGAUGAUGUAUUGAGUAUUCAUAUUCGGAGGGGAGGUUUUGAUAGGGGCCAAAGUCAUAACCAGUGGCUUUCAACUGUAUCACAGUCUCCAAAUGUCAUAUCAAUGUCUUAUGUGCCCAUAUCAUCUCUUUUAAGUGGUGUUCGUGGCAGUGGAUUUUUAAGCCAUGCAAUUAAUCUAUACCUGCGAUACAAACCACCACUAGAGGAACUCAGUCAAUUUUUGGAAUUUCAGUUGCCCCGACAGUGGGCUCCUGCAUACAAUGAUCUUCCUCUUGGUCCUCGUCGCAAGAAAAAAUCAUUUCCAACACUACAAUUCUCUCUUAUGGGUCCCAAGCUAUAUGUCAAUACUGUGAAGGUUGAUACCGGAAACCGUCCAGUGACUGGAAUUCGCUUGUACUUGGAAGGAAAAAGGAGUGAUUACCUAGCUAUCCAUCUGCAGCAUCUGUCAACUCUUCCCGAGUCUCUUCGGCUUAUGGACGAUCAUAGUUACGAGCCAGUUGAUGAACCCAUGGAACGAGGAUACUUGGAACCCAUCAAAUGGAGCAUAUUCUCGCAUGUAUGCACUGCUCCAGUAGAGUACCAUGGCGCACGGUUUGAUGACACAGCAUCUAUUGUGACGAAGGCCUGGUUUGAGGUCAAGGGUAUAGGCAUGAAGAAGGUCCUUUUCCUAAGGCUUGAAUUCUCAAUGGUAGCAUCUGCCAGAAUCCGUAGGUCGGAAUGGGACGGACCCACGUCCUCGUCGAAAAAAUCCGGAAUGAUUUCAAUGUUAAUAAGUUCACCAUUCAGCACUGCACUGAAUCAACCCGAGAAGCCACCAGCUAAGGCAGAUUUGAAUUCAGCAGUUUAUCCAGGUGGACCACCUUCUCCUGCAAGAGCUCCAAAAAUGUCACAUUUUGUUGACACAAAAGAAAUGGUGAGGGGACCCGAAGAUCCACCUGGGUACUGGGUGGUCACCGGUGCCAAACUUUGUGUAGAGAGUGGGAUGAUACGAGUUAAAGUGAAAUAUUCUUUGUUGACUAUAUUGUCGGAUGAAUCCUUGUUGAUCUGAGCGAAGUUAUAGGAGACAUGUUGUAAAUUGUGUCGUGUUGUGUGUGUUGUCUUGUACAUUUCUCAUUCUAAUACCAUAUUCAACCCACCAUGUAUUAUAAUGGUUCGUCUGGGUAAAAAAAGGAACCGACGACAUUCUCAGUCCUAACAUCGGCCGAACUUGGUGUUGUGUGAAGUUUGAAGGAUCGUGAAGUUUCAUUAGAUGAUUCUACUGAAAUUGAGAAAAGAAGAAUUGCCAGCAGCAUAUGUUAUUCUCAGGUCAGGCUUUCUUCUACUUAUCUUUUCAGGCACUUGCGACUUUUUUCAGGAAAGACCAGAAGACUAAUAAUUGCUCAGAAGGCAGUUUAAAUGCACCGGUUCAUUAUUCUGUUUUACUGCAUUGAGGUAAAGCUGAGUACCCUUCCUCGUGUAAGCACCAAGUAUAUAAAAAACAUAGUUUUGAAUAGUAUUUUUUGGAGAAUGUGUAGUUAAAAAGUAAAGAAAAGUUUUGAAUUUAUGUGUAAAAUAUUUUAUUUUGUGAAAGUGUGGUUAAAAAUGAGUUAGAAAAAUAAAUUAAGGUAAACAUGCAGAUGUUUAGUUUAUUUGUAUUGUUUAUAAUGAAAGGAAGAUAAGACGAAGAAAGAUUUGAAUGUAUUGACUUUUUUUCA